UAAAAAUCAAAUUAAACCCAAAAUUUGAAGUUUUAUUUCGAUUUCAGCUUUUGUGAACCCCUUAAUCGAAUGUUUGACCAAAUUUCUGUGUAUUUUCCCUCUUAUUCACAGAUAAACGAGCCGAUGAGAUAACGUUUGCAGUUUUCUGGCCAUUUAGGAGUCGCGAGUUUCUAGAACAUUCGAACAAACACCAGCAGUACCACACUAUGAUGUCUUCUUACCCUUUUCUUCUUCCUUGCUCCGUAUUUCUCACCUUCGUCGGAGCUUUCUUCUCCUCCUACGCCGCCACCAACCUAUCUCCUCCUUCAUUAACCUAAAACCCAGACUAAUCGUUCACCUCUGUCGUCGCAACCCCUUCAACAUGUGUGAAGGACCUCGCUAGGGUUUUAUGCCGCCUCUGAUGCAUCAGCAGCAACAAUCUCCGGCAGAACCACAUCACCAUGUCCACCACAUCACCUUUCUGCCAACGGCUUUCUCUUUGCCCAUCGCUUCCUUCAACAGCCAGAGCUAAGUAUAAACUAUAUAACACCAAUAGUUCACUUAUUGGAACCGCUCGCCUUUCAGCAUCUUGUUUUUCUUCAAGGUGUUUGAGAAAUAACUGGAGGUUUUUAUGCUUUAAAGAUGACAACUCUUCUUUGAAUCAUAACAUUCCUAAGACUGAAGAAGAUAAUUUGCCAAUGGAACCAGAACCGGAAUCAAAUCAACCAAAUGUGAACCAUGGUUGGCUUUCAAGCCUUAGACAGAUAUUUAGGGCAGAAGCAGAAGCAUGGACAGUGCCAUGGACAGGCAAGACCAUUGUUCAAGUAAUGCUGCUCUGGAUGGCCUCUUUCUGGUUUGUAGGCUCAUGGAUUAUUCCAUUUUUGGCUCAUACAUCCGGUUUCAGAAAGGACACCUUGACUUUCAGAGGCCAAGCAUUCUACAGCCUCUUAACCGAUGUAGCCGAAGGCAUCGCCGGAAUCGGAAUCCUUCAUUCCUGCCUCUCCCCAUUCCGCCCGCUUUCACCGGAUUGGUUCCGAUUCAGCCUCAAAGGCAACUGGCAGCUGGAUGUGGGCUUAGGCUGCCUCAUGUUCCCUUUAGUCAACCGUCUCUCACAAGUCAACCUCAAUCUCUUCCCGAUGCUCCCCCCUGCCCCCGUCACCGUUUCCAACGUGGAACGGUCCAUCCUUGCGCGGGACCCGGUCGCGAUGGCGGUUUAUGCGGUUGUGGUGUCGGUGUGUGCCCCCGUUUGGGAGGAGGUUCUGUUUAGAGGGUUUCUUUUGCCUUCUUUAACAAGUCUGAACGUUAAGGAUGGGCUAGAUGAAUGUAGUUGUCUGGAACAUGAAUCUGGUUUUGGCUUGGCGUUGAGUCAUUUUCUGCUUCUGUUUACCGCCAUUCCUCCCAUACUUGAUGUCAGUUUCUUUCCCCGACAGCUGAGGGGACCAAUGUCGGUUGUUUUUGUUUCUUUAGGGUUGGUUGAGAAUAUGGUAUAAUUUAAUGUAAAUAACACCAGUAUUAUUUUCUAGAAUUAAAGAUUUCUUCAUAUGUGGGGUCCGGGUUAUUGUGGUGUAGAAUGUGUAAUCGAUCACAUGCCCCCGCGAUAGGUCUAGUGUCUAGUGUCUAGUGUCUAGUGUCUAGGUAGGCAUUCAAUAGAUACCUACGUUCUACUUGGUUUGGUCGUUUAAAAGUUACAUACAUAGGCUCAUAGGCUCAUAGGCUCAAUCAUUAUAUGAUGUGAAUUCUGAGUUGUGAGUUGUAAUGGGAAAUAAAAUUUAUGAAUUAUGAUUGUUGGA